AGUCGAAACUCAAUGCUACUGAAUACAAUAUAGAAGCUUGUUUUGUUUUCUUUAUGGCAAUCCGAAGAUACAGAGUAAAAUUAUUCAUAUAACCAGUGAUACCUUCUCCAUUCCAAAAGUUUGUGAUCAUAAUUACAUUAAAGCCGUGUUUUGUUUAGGUUCGUUGCUGCCGGACCUUAAAGCCCGGUAGAUUCGACUCCAUCGUCUUGAUUGUUGUCUCACUAUUUUUGUGGAUAUUGUAGUUAUUUUCAUGUCUUCAUAUCUUAACAAAUAUUUCCUAAUCCGGUGACAAAGAAAUAGUGUUCCUGGGGGAGUUUUUUCGACAUGUCGGCUAAUUUUAUGUAUUCCAAUACUGCAUUAUCUUCCCUCAUACCGCAUCAGCAACAACAGCACAUAGUUACUCAACGUAGUCGGUCAGCUUCAACGUCUAACGCUGGACCAAAUGUUCACACACAAUAUCAAGUUGCUCUCUCACAGCCUUAUCAAAACCUUGGCCCUAUGGAUGGGUCGUGGACUCAGACGCAAGGCAUGUAUGUUAAUGGCUUAAAUAAAAUGAUUAAUGUAUUUCCUGGGCAAAACAUGACAGAUAUGGAACAAACACCAAUCAGUCAGUCAAAUGAGAAUUAUAAAUAUGCACCCAACGUCAAAAUAAAUGAACUAAAUGCAAGAUCGUGUGCCCAUUCUUUUCAACCAUCAAACGGAAAUGCUGGUGGUAAUCAUGGAUCGAUUACUCUUGGAGCCCAACAAGUUCAUUUUGCCGUGGCGGCUACUCCCAAUGGUUUAGUUCAGCCACAUACAGGCCUACAAAAUCCAUCUACAUCAAUACGCUCUGAACAAACUGGUGUCCUUCAUCCAAACUCUCAACAUCCAUCUGGCUCUUUAGGUCAACCAUUUCUUAUUCCAGGAAUUGUAGGGCAACCGACUAUAAGAACAUUGACACAGGAUAACCUGUCUCCAGCAUACAGAGAAUCUGGUUCCACUCAACCACUUCUAACAUCUGGUUCAAAGCAGGUAAAUAAUCUUAACAAUACGAACACUGCACGUGACCUUCACCCUCGAAUUCUUGACGUUAAUGUAUCAAUGAACCAAUCAGCCUACGUCCCAUCUGUCCCAGUUCAACAACAUCCCGUUGUCUCACACCAUCAACUAUACACGAGUCCUACACUUCAGCCACCGUCGUUACAUGGGAUGGUAGAGUAUGUUCAAGCCGUCUAUCCUACUAAUCCAAAUGUUCAUGUUCCAUAUACACAGCAAUCUGCAGCCUUGUUUGGGCGCUAUCCUGCGCAAAUAAACGCUGGAUUCGAUUCAACAAUAAAUACAAACUUUAAUUCACGUAUACGCCACAACACUUGGGCUGGUCUCGAAGAUAAUAUGUCCUCUGCUGUGAAUCACGAUUCAUCUGUUAGGAAAAUAAAAAACGAAAAGGUUUUAGUUCCAAAUGACUUCCCAUCUACAGUCAACGAAUAUAAUUUGAAUUCCCAUGGUUCAUUUACUCAAUAUACAGCCAAUCCAUAUUUUUCUGGUUUUAAUCAGUCAUCUUUUUACCAAACAGAUGGUCAAAAGCCAGAUAUCUCUAAAUUACCUGGCUCAGUUACAUUCCAACAUGGCGAAACACAAAAACAUCCAUGCAGUUAUCAAAAUCCCGCUUCUUUACAAUUUAAUUCUUCCUCAGCUAUGACCAACAAAGUAGAUUUUCCCAGUAAUGAUGUUUCAUAUAUGACUUCUGUUCCAGUAGGUCAGUUGCCUUCAAGAUCGAAUUAUCAGGUUCACAAUAGUUCAUACUUAUCAUCAGUUCCAUCUUGUAUACCUGUUCAAAGCAAUAAUAACUAUAUUGGCAGCAAUAACAACCAUACUGUCUCUUCGCAUGCUUAUGUUUUUAAUUCUGAUAAUUCAAAAACACUACAACAAUCAGCUUAUCCCGUAAAAGAUAAUUAUCCGCGCAUAAGUCACAAGCCUCGUGAGUGGAAUAAAUCUAAAGAUGCAAUCAAUUAUAAACCUCCAUCAAGUUCUAAUCACUCUCGUUUAAACAAUACAAAAUCAAAAAACGUAAUUAAGAAUUUCUCUUCAGACAAACAAGCUGGUCUUAAUGACCGUAAACCUAAUUCUAGUUCGAUAAAUGAUAGGUUAACACAAACGGAAAAAAACACUAACUCUUUUACUGUUCAAACAACGUCGAGUUUCGUAUCCUCAGGUAGUCAAGGUCUCAUAUCUUCCUUAUCGGCAACUAACCAGGACUUUAAUUCAAACCACCAGCUGAAUACAAAAACCACCCAUUUCGACUAUCCACAGUUCUAUACAAAUGUUUAUGGGACGGUAAACCAGACUAAUGAGCAAUGUGUUGGAGGACCACCAAAGCAUUUGCAAAAUUAUCAAUCAUCUCUUGCCAAUAAUAACGUACUGUCUAAUUAUGUUCAAGGUCUUCCUGAAAAUCUGAUAGGUAGUUUGAAAUUAAGUGGUUUUCGCUUGGUUCUUGAUUCAUGUCCAACAAGAUUGUUACUUAGCACAUCAUUAGUUGGUUCGAUUAUUGGUCGAGGUGGUCGAACUAUUCGUCAGAUUACAACAAAAACGGGGGCUAAAAUAGGGAUGAAACAGGAUAUUAUCACGUUUUCACAGUUCUCUUUGCCUGGGAAAGGAAAAAAGACAUUCAAGUCAUCUGAUUCUGUCAGUACCAAUCACGUUGCAAGUACUAAUCACUUUAGAGAGGAAGAAGAAGGGGAAAAAGAAGAAACAAGUCAACUGUCUGACAAUAAAGAUGCUUUUACAAAUGUUAAUGGUAAUACAAAGGUUGAUCAAGUACCAGAAACAUGUUCAAAUAUCAAUACUGAAUCUAUAUUAGCUAAUAAAUCUCAAUCCAACUUAGAGGUUCAAUCAGACGAAAGUCAGCUUGCUAUUCUUUUCGGAUCAAGGGAACAAUGUUCAGCGGCAUUAUGUGAAAUUCUUACAAUAUGUUUCCGUGAAUCUAAACAUCGUGGCUUCUCUGAUCCUUGCUUAGGUCUAAUUGUUGAACAGCAUAUUUAUGCACAACUGAUAAUGAAUAAAGGGAAAAAAUAUUUCAAUGCUAUUCAUACUGCUACAGGCGCACGCAUAUCAGUAACGGGAACACCACUUCAAAUUCGUCCUUCUAAUGACGUUGAACAAUCCAAUUUAGCUCCUACCGACAGAGUAUUAGUUGUUCGUGGUCAAUUACAUUCUAUUUGUGCAGCUGAAGCAUUUCUCAGUGAACAAAUUCGAUGGGCAACAAUUGAAUCGUCUAUUCCAUCUAAUUUUUGGCCUUUACUCAAUCAUCUUCCUUCUCUUCCAGUGAAUAGUAAUAAUAGAUCAUCGAAAUCUUCCAAUUUAUCGUUUAGUUAUGAUCCACAAUCAGUAUGUUCAUUAAUUAUGUCAUUGGGAUCUAUAUUUUGGCCUCAGUCUGUAUGUGCUAAACUUGGAAAAAAUACUAAUUUUCAAUAUUAUAAUAAACGAUCUUUAAUGCGAAGUAUGAAUACUCCAAAACCUGAUAUUACAUUAUCUAAAAACAUUGAAAAUAAUAAUCUCAACUCAACAAAUAUAGUAAAUGUUGAUGAUGAAAACGACACAAAUAAACAAGAACAAGACAAAAAUAUAAAUGAUAAUACUGACAACUUAGAAACUAUUAAUGAUGAUGAUGAGAAAAGUAAGAUCAACUCCAAAACAAAAGAGAAUAUUGACAAUACAUUUGAUCACUCAUCAAUUAACAUUGAAUUAUCGGUUGAUGAUGAUAAUGAUGAUGACGGUGAUGAAGAAGAAGAAGAGGAUCAGGAUCAGGAAGCAAUACACAAUAAAACUAUUGAUAGUGUUGUAUCAUCUGAUUUUGACCAAGACAAAAAUGAAUCCACUGUUGUUUUAGAAAUGUCUAGCGAGAAUAAAGAAACAGAAUUGCAAUCGCCAUCUAAUAAUUGUAUUGAUUCGGAUAUGCAAAAAUCGGAUAAACUAGAUCAAUUAAAAUCUGACCAAUGUGCAUUUGAACGCUUAGCUCGUUCAACAAACCCUAAAGAAACUAACCUUACUAUGGUGACCGCUGUUCAACAGUCAUUAAUUGCAGCUGUAGGUCCAAUAGCUUGGUUAGCUACCGGUGGUAUGCUUUAUAUGCGUGUUUCGUACAACGAAGCUGGUGCAUUGAUUGGGUCGGAAGGGUCUCGAAUCCAACAACUUAUGCAAGUUACAGGAGCCGAAAUACAUGUCGGCAAGGUUCCAAUAAGUCCACCUUAUGCAUUAAAUCCAAUUACUAAACGUACUUAUUCAAAUAAUAAUGUUAUACUAUCUAAUGAAAAAUCACCAACAUGUAUAUCUCUUGUUGAUUCUUUCUUUAAUGAUACUGUCACUGGUAUAAACUGUGAUUCUUCAUCUAUUGUUAACAGUAAAAUUGAUCAAUCAUUAUCUAAAUCCAAUAAUGAUAAUGAUGACAAUACUGAUAUUAAUCAAUCUAUAAACAUUAUAAAUGAUAAAUUAUUAUCUUCAAUGGAUAUCAAUGAUGAAAAUAAUGAUGAUGAUGAUGAUGAUGAUGAUGAUGAUGAUGAUUCUACCAAACAACAAUCCAAUAAACUUAUUAACAAUGAUGUUGAUGAAGAAAACAUUGGUACAAAUAAAUUGUCUAUUGUAGACAAUAAUGAUAAUGAAAUGAAUGUCACAAUAAAAGAAUGUACAGAAGUAAUUUCUUCACUGAAUAAUGAUACUCAUAGUGAUGAUAAUAAAACUAUUAUCAAUGAUGUUCCAGUUAAUCAAACAUCAGAUACUAUAUCUAAUUGUUGUAAUCAUCAUCAUCAUCAUCCUCUAGUGAAAAGUUCUUCAACACAUUCAAAUUGUACAAUUGCUGAAAAAAAUUCAGAUAAUCAAAUAUUGGAAUCUAUGGAACAAAAAACUUCCAAUACAUUGCCAUCAUCAUCAUCAACAUCAAAUCAAUCAUAUCGUUUAGUUAGUUUGUCUGGUUCAGCUCAAUCACAAAUUAUGGCUCAAUGGCAAAUAUUUCAACGUCUUAAAAAUUUACAUAAACGUCAGAUGACCACUGGGUCUUCUUCAUCAAAUGAUAAUUCAAGUCAGAAAUUAUUUUGUUUAGCCACUUUAAUAUGUCUACCGUAUCGAUUUCUCUGGUGGCUUACAACUCAUAAUCCUGGAUUCAUAGAAACAUCUCAAUCAUCCUCCAUUCUUACAUCAACUGUCUUCUCAAAGUCCGAUGACUCUGGUAAUACUAAUAAUAACAAUAAAUCUGGAACAUCUCCAUUGAAUUGGAUUCAAUCAUUAGCUAGUAGACGUUUAAAUGCAAAUUUAUCAUCAAAUGAUUCAGUUAAAAAAUUCAUUCAUGUACUACCUGAGCCUAGACGACGUAAACGUUUGGUUCAACAACAACUUAAACGAAUCAAUGCUACUCUACGUGGCCAACAACAACAAUUAAACUAUACUGGUGGUAAUUGUUUAUCUAAAUCACUUAUUUUACCACCAAGAGGAUUAACUAAUGAUGGUUUAGAUCAGUUGUGGGCUCAUCCUAAUCGUAUACCAUUAGAAAUAUAUGCUGACUUUGAUACUACACAACUUAUUUUAACAAAUCUGCAUCAUAUGUUAGCCUUAUGGUUAUAUGGACAAUCUCUUGCUGGCACCUCUGUUCAAUCGUUUAUUCAAGCUCCAAUCGUAUAUGUACUGCCCAAUGGACGUCCAGCUAAUAUGUCAACCUCGGAUUCAGCUAACAGUCGAUCAUAUUCUAAGUCUAAUCGACAUAAUGCAGAUCAACCUGAUUAUUGGACACUUAUGCCCGGUCGUCAAGAUGCUUUUUUAAAUACUCUGAGACAACCAUUUCAUAUACCAUUGUUGCCUGGAGGUAUUCCGAAUUUUGGAUCCUCCACUACAGGUCCCCCUAACUACUCAACACCAAUGCUCCCAGACCGUUCAAAUUGCACAAAUCUCGCUCAACCUUUUUUCUAUCCUCGAUAUCCCUUGAUAAAUUGGCAUGGAAUAGCCAAUAGCAAAUACUCAGGACAGACGAUGAUAUCAGACCCCACCGCGACGAGGCCUGUGCGCAUUGGACCUCCAACAUUGUAUGGUUGUUGGCCGCGUGGACGUUUCAGUGAUACAGUUGAUGACAAGCACAACAUUGAAAUAGAUCAAUCCUCUUCACAAUCUACACGAUUUCCAUCAGCUGGUACUGGUUACACGUUUAUCACUAACCUACCUUUCCAACCACCGGCACGUCCACCUACAAGUUUAAAUCAUGUUCACACAACUACUCAUUCACAAGUUGUUCCUGGUUCCUGUUAUCGUGGUUCAUCUAUUUCAUCACAUCCUAAUAAAUUUAGAUUUCGUAAUCCAUGCAGUGGUGGAAAUCAUUCAGUGGAACCAUUUAUUAUAAAUAGUAUGCCUUUAUUGGAUACACCAAAUCAAAUUAAUCAUCAUUCAAAUUUUGUUCACAAUUCAAAACAAACAAAUCAUACUACAAUAAAUGGGGAUAAAAAUCAAGGAAUACGCACAAAGCAGAAUUUACAAGAAUCACGGCGGAACAAAGAAGAUUUAGUUGUUGGUGGUGAUAGCUAGAUUUGAUCAGACGGUAUCCCCCCCCCAAUAUCUUUCUCAUAAUUAUUUGUUUUUUUUGUUAAUUUUCAUCUUUGCUCACUCUCACACUCUCAUCUUAUAAUCAUGAUUGUGAAUAAAUAAAAAUCAAGCAAACCUUCUGUGAAUAAACACACACACACAUACACAUACACAAUCAUUAGUACUUUUUGUUAUCAUUUUGAUUCACUAGUCUUUUUUGUUGUUGUUGUUCUUCUUCUUCUCUCAAUAGUGAAUUUCCAACAUUUUGUAAUUCAUCUUAUUUUUUAAUGUUCUGCCACCCCCUCUUUCACCUUGAUUUAAUAUAAUCCCUAUCUUCUUCUUCUUUACUAUUUGUUUUCUUUUUGUAAAUCUUAACGAACCCUGUUGCCACCCCCCUUAGCUCUAUUCGUGUUUUUUUAAUCCUUAGUUUUAUUCUCUUCAUUCUCAAAUUGUAUGUGCGUGAAAUGCGCAUGUUUUUGUGAUUGGAUAAAGUGUUCAUCUGUAAUUAGUUGGAUAAUAAUCAUCUAUACUAAUCAUGAGAAUUUCUUAAUAUGUAAUCUCACUUUACUCUCUUUGUCCUAUCUCUCUCUGCCUCUCUCGUUCUGGUUUCCGUACUCAUCACUUCGUUUCUCCAUAGCCUACUCUUUGUUAUUUAUAUUUUUAUGUGUUUUAUGUUAUCCUUAUUGUUCUGCUCAAUUUUCGCCUAGUAGUUCUCUUAUGUGUGGUACACUUCAUUUCGCUUUCCUUUCUUUCUCUCUCUGAACUGGAAAAAAUCAUGAUGUGUAGAACAUGAUGAUUAUGAUUGUGUUGGUUAAUAGACGAUCAAGACAUUAAUUUUAUGUAUUCGAAUAGAAGAAAAUGGUUAUGUGUUUGUAUAUUUACCCAUGAAACAUGAUUUACUCUUUACUACCUUCCCCUUCCACUUUAUCCAUCGUUCUAAAUUGUUCUUCCCUGUGUGUAAACAACUAAAUUUCUUUGUUGUAACUCACUUCAUCUUUAAACUUCGAUUCUUCGCUUUUUUUGUUAACCAUACCCUUAGUUCUUAUUCCUUUUUUUCAAACUCUUUCUUUCCAUAGGAAUAAAAAACAAAACAAACUAAGCUCAAAUUACAUUUAAUUGUAGAUCAACCAAUAAUUUCUCCGCUCGCAUGUGCAGCUAACAACAAAGACAACACCCCUGUUCUCUCGUAACUAAUAUAACUUAGUAGGUAAUUACAUUUUCUUGUUAUUAACUCUUCGUUGCUCACUACUACUACUACUAUAUUGGUCAACAGUAAUAAAAUCGUACAAUGAAUAAAUCAGUGUGUUAAUCAAGAAAUGACUAUGAUUGUUUCACCCCUUUCAUCUCAUUUAAUUUGUGAUUAUACUAUAGGUGUUUUCAUCAUUCUUACUAUGAUUGUGUAUUUGUCGGUGUAUGUGUUAUGUAAGAGACCUCCCGGUGUUGUCUUUCACAUAUUUAUACGAGCGUACUACUACCACCACCACUUUGAAAGGGGGGAGAGAGAGAGAGAGGAAAAAGAACCGUAAACACACUUAUGUACAUUUAUUUGUGCCUUGAGAAAAGAAGAAAUAAAGGUUGUCACUAAGUGAAAUGAAAUAAAACAUAUAAAAAAGAAGAAAAACGGCUUAGAAAAAAUAGACAUUUCUAUGUAUUAUCAAAAAUGUAGUCGGAUCAUUUUCAUUUUGGUUUCAAUAUCAUUAUUAUCUCAUUGUGGUUAAUAACAUUUUUCUCUUGUGUACUUUUGUGUGUGUGUGUGUGGAUGUGUUUGUGUGUAAGUUUUUUUUGUCUUUGCUCUCUUAUAUUCCUAUAUUUAUCCCCCCCCCCCCAUUCAUUUUUUUUCUAUUUUACCCUUCAGUUUUUUUUUUAAAAAAAAUUUACUCUUUUUAAUGUGUAGACGACACUUUGUGCACGAUAUAAUUCUCUCUUUUUUUUCUAUUCAAAGAAAAUUGAAACAAUGAUAAUAGUUUUGUUCUC